AUGUUCCAACAUCAAAUUAACGACAUUCUUGAGGGCGAUUACAUAUGGAUCGAGCCGGUGUCUGGUCGGGAGUUCGACGUGGCGAUAGGUGCACGCGUGCUUGCGGCCGAGGGGCGACGGAUUCGAGUCCGGGACGACGACGGCCACGAACAAUGGCUGCCACCAGAGCGAAGGAUCAAGGCGAUGCAUGCCACCUCCGUGCAUGGCGUCGAGGACAUGAUAUCCCUCGGUGACCUGCACGAAGCCGGCAUACUCAGAAACCUACUUAUAAGAUACAAUGAGAAUCUCAUUUAUACAUACACCGGCUCAAUAUUAGUAGCGGUGAAUCCUUACCAAAUACUGCCGAUCUACACGGCAGACCAGAUCAAGUUGUAUAAGGAACGGAAGAUUGGGGAGCUGCCUCCUCACAUCUUCGCGAUUGGCGACAAUGCGUAUGCGCAUAUGCGUCGCUACAAGCAGGAUCAGUGCAUUGUCAUCAGUGGAGAAUCAGGCGCAGGGAAAACGGAAUCUACCAAGUUGAUUCUUCAAUACCUCGCCGCGAUCAGUGGGAAGCAUUCGUGGAUUGAACAACAGAUCCUAGAAGCAAAUCCCAUUCUUGAAGCUUUUGGCAAUGCGAAGACUGUAAGAAACGACAAUUCCUCACGUUUCGGCAAAUAUAUUGACAUCCACUUCAAUAAUAGCGGCGUCAUCGAAGGCGCCAAGAUUGAACAAUAUCUUCUAGAAAAGUCUAGAAUAGUCUCCCAGGGUGCAGAGGAAAGGAAUUACCAUGUGUUCUACUGCUUACUGGCUGGUUUGUCCAAAGAAGAGAAGAAGAAGUUAGAAUUGACUGAUCCAUCUGAAUAUAGAUAUUUAUCUGGGGGAGGAAGCCUAACUUGCGAAGGCAGGGACGAUGCUGCUGAAUUCGCAGAUAUACGAUCAGCUAUGAAGGUUCUAUUAUUCACGGAACCAGAAAUAUGGGAAAUAUUAAAGCUCUUAGCAGCCGUCCUACAUACUGGUAACAUUAAAUACGAAGCUACGGUUGUGGAUAACUUAGAUGCAACUGAAAUUAUAGAACAAGCUAAUGUAAGAAGAGUGGCAACAUUGCUCGGCGUGCCCAUGCAAUCGCUUAUCGACGCACUAACUAGAAAGACACUAUUCGCUCAUGGAGAAACUGUUAUUUCAACCCUGAGUAAAACUCAAUCGGUUGAUAUCAGGGAUGCCUUUGUCAAAGGUAUCUAUGGACGCCUCUUUGUUACUAUCGUAAAGAAAAUCAACGCUGCAAUCUACAGGCCAAAGUCAACAAUGCGCACAGCUAUCGGUGUUCUUGAUAUAUUCGGUUUUGAAAAUUUCGAUCAAAAUAGUUUCGAACAAUUCUGUAUAAACUUUGCGAACGAAAACUUACAGCAGUUCUUUGUUAGACAUAUAUUCAAAUUGGAACAGGAAGAAUACAACCACGAAGGAAUUAAUUGGCAGCAUAUUGAAUUCGUAGAUAACCAGGAUGCUUUGGAUUUGAUUGCGCUAAAACAACUGAACAUUAUGGCUUUAAUUGAUGAAGAGUCGAAGUUUCCAAAGGGCACUGACCAAACAAUGUUAGCCAAGCUACACAAGACCCACGGUCUACACAGAAACUACCUCAAGCCAAAGUCAGAUAUAAACACCAGUUUUGGAUUAAACCACUUCGCUGGAAUAGUAUUUUAUGAUACGCGAGGAUUCCUUGAGAAGAACCGUGAUACGUUCAGUGCUGAUUUAUUGCAACUAAUUCACAUUUCUACAAAUAAAUUCUUGCAGCAUAUAUUCCAGGACGACAUUGCGAUGGGCUCUGAAACUAGAAAACGGACUCCGACACUUUCAACACAGUUCAAGAAAUCUUUGGACUUAUUGAUGCGAACUCUAGGAACAUGCCAACCAUUCUUCAUCAGAUGUAUAAAACCAAAUGAAUUCAAGAAGCCUAUGAUGUUUGAUCGUGGUCUGUGCUGCAGGCAAUUAAGGUACUCUGGAAUGAUGGAGACGAUUAGGAUCAGGAGGGCUGGGUACCCGAUCAGGCACAGUUUCAAGGAGUUUGUUGAGCGAUAUCGGUUCCUAAUAUCUGGUGUUCCACCGGCGCACAAGACUGACUGCCGUUCGGCUACUGCUAAAAUCUGUGCAACAGUGCUUGGCAAGUCUGAUUAUCAGCUGGGUCACACCAAAGUUUUUCUGAAAGAUGCUCACGACUUAUUCUUGGAGCAGGAAAGAGAUAGAGUGCUUACUAGGAAGAUAUUAAUUCUUCAGAGGUCUAUUAGAGGAUGGGUGUAUCGCAGACGUUUCUUGAAGAUGCGGGCGGCGGCCAUAUUGAUUCAACGUCACUGGCGCGGCAAGCUGCAGAGGAUUCGGUAUAAUAAGAUGAAGGUUGGAUAUGCGAGACUGCAGGCUUUGAUUCGUGCGAGAGUGUUGGCGCAUCGGUUCAGGCAUCUUCGGGGACACAUUGUGGCUUUACAAGCAGCAGCCCGUGGUUACUUGGUGCGUCGUUCGUACGGACACAAGAUGUGGGCUAUAGUGAAGAUCCAGAGUCAUGCGCGUCGGUUGCUGUGUAUGCGACGCUACAAGCGCAUGCGCGGCGAGGCGCGCGCGCACUCCGAGGCGCUGCGCCUGCGCCGCCAGGAGGAACUGCGCCUGCACACGCAGGGCAACACGCGCGCCAAGGAGAUCGCAGAGCACAACUACCGGGAGCGCAUGUACGAGUUGGAGAGACGCGAAGCAGAGCUGGCUUUGGAGGAGAAGAAGCAGUUGGAAGCAAAGAGGACGUUACUCCAAGAGGCAGCGAGGAAGCAGGACGAGCCUGUGGAUGACAGCAAGCUGGUGGAAGCCAUGUUUGACUUCCUACCUGACUCCAGUAGUGAGGCACCAGCUCCCAAGGACACAUCCGUCUUCAGCGACCUUCCACAACCCAGGGCUGAUCAACAGGAGAUGGUGACACCAAUGCAAACCACAUCAGAGGACGAGGAAGAUUUGUCGGAGUUCAAGUUCCAGAAGUUCGCAGCAACAUAUUUCCAAGGGAACGUCACUCAUCAGUACUCGAGGAAACCACUCAAACAUCCACUAUUGCCUCUACACACGCAAGGAGACCAGCUGGCGGCUCAAGCACUAUGGAUCACAAUACUGCGAUUCACUGGGGACCUUCCCGAGCCAAGAUACCACACUAUGGACAGAGACAACACAUCAGUCAUGUCUAAAGUGACUGCAACCCUCGGCAGGAACUUCAUCAGGUCCAAGGAGUUCCAAGAAGCUCAGAUGAUGGGCGUAGACCCUGACGCCUAUCUGAACAAACAGAAGCCGAGGUCUAUCAGACACAAGCUUGUUUCUCUGACACUGAAGAGAAAGAACAAGCUAGGAGAAGACGUCAGGAGAAAAUUACAGGAUGAGGAGUACACAGCAGACAGCUACCAGUCCUGGCUAGAAUCACGCCCAACAUCAAAUCUAGAAAAAUUACAUUUCAUUAUUGGGCAUGGUAUUCUACGGGCUGAGUUGAGAGACGAAAUAUAUUGUCAGAUCUGCAAACAGCUGACAAACAAUCCUUCGAAAUCUUCUCAUGCUAGAGGAUGGAUUUUACUUUCGUUGUGUGUUGGAUGUUUUGCUCCUAGUGAAAAGUUCGUGAAUUACCUGCGAGCUUUCAUCAGGGAAGGCCCUCCUGGAUACGCUCCAUAUUGUGAAGACCGUUUGAAACGGACAUUUAACAAUGGCACCAGGAAUCAACCACCCUCAUGGUUAGAACUUCAAGCAACUAAAUCGAAAAAGCCUAUAAUGUUACCAAUAACAUUUAUGGACGGCAACACGAAGACCUUGUUAGCAGAUUCAGCAACAACAGCGAGAGAACUGUCAGUUCACUCGGUAGUGGAGGAGAUCACGUAAUGGACGCAAUAUCACAGUGCGAACAAUACGCUAAAGAACAAGGUGCUCAAGAACGAAACGCGCCAUGGAGGUUAUUCUUUAGAAAAGAAAUAUUCGCGCCAUGGCACGACCCUACGGAAGACCAAGUAGCUACGAAUCUCAUCUACCAGCAAGUGGUUCGGGGUGUUAAAUUUGGUGAAUAUAGAUGUGAUAAAGAAGAAGACCUAGCAAUGAUAGCUGCUCAACAGUAUUACAUCGAAUACGGCCAAGACAUGAAUACCGAACGGCUAUACACGCUCCUGCCAAAUUACAUACCCGAUUAUUGUCUAACUGGUGUUGAAAAAGCGGUUGAUCGGUGGGGUGCUCUAGUAGUGCAAGCGUAUAAAAAGAGUUAUUAUGUAAAAGAAAAAGUUCCUGCUUAUAGAGUGAAAGAAGACGUAGUGAGUUACGCGAAGUUCAAGUGGCCUCUAUUGUUCUCUCGAUUUUACGAAGCUUAUAGAAAUUCUGGGCCCAACUUACCCAAGAAUGAUGUUAUAAUUGCCGUCAAUUGGACCGGAGUGUACGUCGUGGAUGAUCAGGAACAAGUUUUGUUAGAAUUGUCGUUCCCGGAGAUCACUACUGUUUCAAGUCAGAAAACAAACAAAGUAUUCACACAGACGUUCAGUCUCUCUACUGUUCGUGGCGAAGAGUUUACGUUCCAAAGCCCGAACGCUGAAGACAUUCGAGAUCUAGUGGUGUAUUUCCUAGAAGGAUUGAAAAAGCGUUCUAAGUUUGUAAUAGCUCUACAAGAUUACAAAGCACCAGGUGAGGGCUCCAGUUUCUUAACUUUCAAUAAAGGAGAUCUGAUUAUUUUAGAAGAAGACAGCACAGGAGAAUCUGUUCUAAACAAUGGCUGGUGCAUCGGUCGCUGUGAGAGAACAAUGGAACGAGGUGACUUCCCUGCGGAGACGGUCUACGUAUUACCAGCACUAACUAAACCACCUCCAGAUAUAUUGACGCUGUUCUGUCAAGAAGGUGCAUCGCAUGGUCGUCGUGCACCUACGGCCACGUACAAUGGAACAGAAAUUAAAGACAAACCGCACACGUUAUUAGAAUACGCUAUGGACCACUUCAGAUUGCCACCGAAACGUACCGUAUCCAAGGCCCUCACACUUUCCACCGCCAAAAGAGGAGGUGCUGAAGAGCUUUGGAGACACUCUAGAGAACCGGUAAAGCAGCCUCUGUUGAAGAAAUUGCAAGCGAAGGAAGAGUUGGCCGAAGAAGCCUGUUUCGCAUUCACUGCUAUUCUGAAAUACAUGGGUGACCUGCCUUCAAAGCGUCCUCGUAUUGGUAAUGAAUACACAGAUCAUAUUUUCGACGGUCCUCUAAAACACGAAAUAUUGCGGGACGAGAUUUAUUGCCAAAUUAUGAAACAACUGACUGACAACCGGAAUAGAAUGUCGGAAGAACGAGGUUGGGAACUAAUGUGGCUGGCCACAGGGUUGUUUGCAUGCAGUCAGGGACUGCUUAGGGAAUUAACUUUAUUCUUGAGAACUAGAAGAUAUCCAAUAGCUCAAGAUUCACUCCAAAGACUUCAAAAGACUUUAAGGAAUGGCCAGAGGAAAUAUCCGCCGCACCAGGUGGAGGUAGAAGCUAUACAGCACAAGACUACUCAGAUAUUCCACAAGGUGUAUUUCCCUGACGACACUGACGAAGCAUUUGAAGUGGACUCGUCCACUAGAGCAAAGGACUUCUGUCAGAAUAUAGCUCAGAGACUGAAUCUCAGAUCUAGUGAAGGCUUUAGUUUAUUCGUUAAGAUAGCUGAUAAGGUGAUAUCAGUCCCUGAGGGUGACUUCUUCUUUGACUUCGUGCGGCACCUCACGGACUGGAUCAAGAAGGCGCGACCUACUCGCGACGGCAUUACUCCGCAGUUCACAUACCAGGUGUUCUUCAUGAAGAAGUUAUGGACGAACACAGUUCCUGGUAAGGACCGGGCGGCAGACGUGAUCUUCCACUUCCACCAGGAGUUGCCGAAGUUGCUGCGCGGGUACCAUCGCUGCGGCAGGGACGAGGCUGCAAGACUCGCUGCACUCGCCUACCGCGCUCGCUUCGGAGAUAACAAACAGGAGUUACAGGCAAUACCGCAAAUGCUUCGUGAGCUGAUCCCAGCAGAUUUGAUAAAGAUGCAGAGCUCUGCUGACUGGAAGCGGGCGAUCGUGGCUUCAUACAACACAGAUGCUGGCAUGACACCUGAAGAUGCCAAGAUCACUUUCCUGAAGGUUAUCUAUCGCUGGCCCACGUUCGGAUCCGCCUUCUUCGAAGUCAAACAGACGACGGAACCAAAUUAUCCUGAGCUUCUGCUGAUCGCUAUUAAUAAACAUGGAGUGAGCUUGAUACAUCCCCAGACGAAGUGUGCAGGAGUCACAGAAGUUGGUUACCGGAGACUCGGCGACAGUAGGAAGAGUGCUUGGCGCUGCCCAAAAUGUAAGUCCGGCUCAUCUCCUUCUCAACUGGCUGUAUCGCCCCAGCCUAGCCAGCUCGACAAAAUGCAGGAGCAGCUUAUCAAGAUUGCCCUUGAUUUGGCUCCAUUGGCUGCGUUGGUUGCUGACGUGAAAUCCAUCAAACUGGAGUUGUCCGGACUCAAGGACUCCAUUGAAAUGGCACAUGACAUCAUAAACGGUUUCUCCACAAAGGUAAAAUCUCUUGAGUCAAAGGUUAUCGCGAUGGAGAAGAUGGCUGAACAAAUACCAAUCCUCCAGGAUAAUAUUGAUAAAUUAAACAGUGAAUCGCGAGACAGAGACCAAUGGGCUAGAGCUAAUAAUGUCGAGAUCAUAGGUAUACCGCAGAAGAAAGAUGAGAAUCUGUACGAUAUAGCACAGAAAAUUGGAAACCUUUGCAACAUCUCUGUACGAAAAGAAGACAUUAAUUACAUUGCACGUAUACCGACUCGCAUCCCAAAUGUAUAUAAGCCGAUUGUAGUCGCUUUUAACAGUCGCUAUACCAAGGAGGAAUUUGUGGCUUCGGCGCGUAAAAGUAAAUUGCUCAAUAUUUCCAACAUAGGAUUCUCAACGACUGCCAGCUUCUACGUCAAUGACCACUUGACUCCGACCAAUAAGUCACUUCUAAGCAAGGCGAAAGCCCUUGCGAAAGAAAAUAACUUCAAAUAUAUUUGGGACAUCCUAGUAACUCAUCCAUUCACGAGAAUAUCAAACUGGUCAUCUGGCAACACUUACUUCCACAUGACAAUUGGAAACCUCGUGCGGGGCUCGAAGCUAUUGUGUGAGACCUCACUGGGGUACAAGAUGGACGACCUGCUGACGUCAUACAUCUCCCUCAUGCUCACAAACAUGAACAAGCAGCGCUCCGUCCGCGUCAAGUAACCAUGGCAACGUGCCUGAUGACGUCAUCAUUGAUCAUAGUCAAACAAUGCGAAUAUAGAUUUUAUAGUAAUGCUAACGAGACGAGAUAAAAUGUGACCGUUUAGACUAAUAUGUGCUGUAUUUGCUUAGACUUUUAGUCGUUAUUUAAAUGACAAAAUUUUAAAUAAUUAGUAGACAAAUGAUAAUGAACUUUGUUAUUAUGUCGAUAAAGUUUCUAAUUAAUUAUCUCGUCUCGUUAUGCUCUACUUUAGACACAAUUAUUUUUAUCUGCUUACCGUUAAGUUCACACGCUUCCCAGCGGUAUAUUUAACUUAACAUAGAAUUCAGCAUUUACAUGCAGUCAGAACGAAUGCUUACAUUAAGUGUGUACAGUGUACCUGAUAUAUUUUAUUGUAUUUGAAUGUUAGAAAGAAGUACCUUACAGUUAAAAUAUAUCGGGUGGACUGUACCCCGUCACAAGCGCUGUAUCAUUGUAGAUAAACUUGAUGCACAAUUUUUGUGAUCGCGUUACUUUUGUUACGUUUGCAUUAAACAAAAUCUAAUGUAGAAUAAAUAUAUCCGUCCGUACAUUAAGAUCGAAGUAUAUCUAGAUAUUAAACGAUGUUACUGAUAUUCCAAAUCCAUACUGUUAUAGUUUUUAAGUACAACGACCUAAGUUUAGGUGUUCGGUCUAUAUAAUGUACUCUACAAUGGAAACGGCUAACAGAUACGUAUCUUAAUUAAAACCUAGUUAUUAGAUAUUCGUAUUUAUUAAAAACGUCUUUAAGUCUAAAUUGAAAUAAAUUUAUUUUAUAUAUUUUGUAUUUAUUCGGUUGUAAUAUUAACUAAUAGUCCAAAAGAUCUGUUACAUUUAUAUUUAGGUGUUCGGUAACAAAACAUGGUAUGAAAUUAUGUAGUGUCGCUAAUAAAUGCCUUAAAAAGUGCCUUGCUUGCAGUGCUACUCGCAUACGAAGCAAUAUUUACCGUACAGAAAUCAAAUAUACUCGAAAAUAAGAUUUAUCGUUGUUCGGAGUUUAAUGAAAUAGUGCUUUAAUGCAAUCGAAACAAGACGGUUAGUAUAUUACUCGAUUUUUCUCAUAUGACAUUUGCAAUCGAUUGACAAGAUUUAACAUUUGGAAAAUGACUUCAACAUCGAUACAAAUCGAGCAAUAUAUUGCCGUCGCAUUGACUAGAUGUUUAUAUAUUUAUCGUUUAGCAUAACAUCUAUAUACAAUACAUAGGUAACAUCAAUGUAUUUAUUUAAUAGGUAAAGGAAUUAUAUAAUAGGUAUCGUGUUAAAUUGAUUGUCAGUUUCAUGCCAUGAGUCCGGUGACAAUUAAAUUAUGUUUGUUUUAUUAAUAUCGCUUUAAAGUAAAAGUUGCAUUUGUGAGUGGUUGUAAACAUGAGUCACAAUGAUAUA